GCGUGGAAGGCGCGCGCGCUCGCUGGCUGGGGGGUCUCGCUCUCGGCCGUCUCACCCGUCGCCCUCAGACCAAGGACGGUGCAGUGUAGCAGGCCAGCGCGCCCGUGUUCCCAACCCCGGCCCGCGCGAUAUAUAAGCGCCGCGCUGCUCUAGCUCAGCUGUGCACUUCGGCUUCGGAGGCUCCAGCAGUCCAGCUACUUACUGUGCGAGUAAACGCCCACGCCAGCCGUUGCCUCUCGCCCCCCGCCGAGCUAGAGCUAGAGCUUGUGCUGUGCUGUGCUGUGCUGUGCUGUGCCGUGCCAGUGGUGGGCGCGAUGGACCCGUACAAGUACCUCAAGAUCCGGUUCAACCCGGACGGCUCGCUGUCCCGCUACGGUGAGGCGCCACUCCUCCCGGCGGCGCCGGCGGGGGAGCCCGUGGCCGUCGCCGUCGCCACGGAGGGCGGCGAGGACGCCGACCAAGGCCCGCGCCGCAUUGUGGUCCACUCCAACGACGUCCCGCUCAGCGACGCCGCCGGCACGGGCCUCCGCCUCUUCGUGCCGUCCGGCGGCCACGCCCGGCUGCCGCUCGUCGUCUACUUCCACGGCGGCGGGUACGUGCUCUUCCGCGCGGCCUCCGAGCCGUUCCACAACACCUGCGCGGCGCUGGCCGCCGCCGCCCCGGCCGUCGUCGCGUCCGUCGACUACCGCCUGGCGCCCGAGCACCGCCUGCCCGCGGCCUUCGAGGACGCCGCCGACGCGGUGCUCUGGGCGCGCCCGCACGCCGCCGCCGGCAGGCCGGUGUUCGUGAUGGGCAGCCACAACGGGGCCAGCAUCGCGUUCCGCGCCGCGCUGGCGGCGGUGGACGCCGGCGUGGAGCUGCGCGGGGUGGUCCUGAACCAGCCCCACCUCGGCGGCGCGGAGAGGACCCCCGCGGAGGCGGCCUCGGUGGACGACCGCGUGCUGCCGCUCCCGGCCAACGACCUGCUCUGGGAGCUCGCGCUGCCCGUGGGCGCCGACCGGGACCACGAGUACUGCAACCCGGAGUCCAUGCUGGCCCGCGUCGGCGCCGCGCGCCUGCGGAGGCUCCCGCCCUGCCUCGUGCUCGGCCGCCGCAAGGACCCGCCGCGGGACCGGACGAGGACACUGGUCAACGCGCUGCGCAAGGCCGGGGUGGCCGUGGAGGCCAGCCUCGACGGCGCCGGGUACCACGCCAUGGAGCUGUUCAAGGCCAACUGCGCCGCCGAGUUCACCGCGCAGGUGUCCGACUUCGUCCGCCGCCACUCCACCGCCGGCUCCAGCGCCGCAGCCGGCGACGUGGUUGUUGGCAUGAGCAAGCUGUGACGGACGGUCAAACCGAUCGUCCCGGAGUGGAGGUUGCUGCACGGCACUCUGGUGCAAGUUGCAGCGAUGUUUAGGGGGCAUUUCUCAAUCACAUCAUCAUCGUCAUGCUACAAUGCUGAGCGGCGAUUGGCUCGAGCUCGCCGUCGUCCAACCGACAGGUAGACCCGGUACUGUGCAGAGGUCGAUAUCUCCAUCUCCGCUUCAAUUCCGGAUAGCCGGAUAGGUGCGCGAGUUGGCCGCCUUUUCUUUUUCCUUCUUUUUACCGUCGAGUCCAUCUCGACGUGAAUGGUCCGAACCACCGGAAGUACAUGAAGAGAAAGAGGCUCCAGGUCUGUUACCCUGCCCUGCAGUGCAAUAAGGCAGAUGAUUUUAUGUAUACUGUUUGCAUAGCUGGUAGAUAUUGCUUCGCAUUUUUCUGAAUAACUGAAAUCGUUUUAUGUUGUGCCUAAACUCAAAAACUCAUAUAAGUGAAGAUUUUCGCUAGUCGAAGAAA